AUGGCCACUGCAAAGUCGCUCUUCCGGAGGACCGUCCGUGACAAGGCUGGGUUGCGUCUGAUGCCGAAGACUGUCUGGUUAGAUGCAGCCGUGCAGAUCUUCUACUCCGUGGGCGCCGGGUUCGGCGUUCACCUCUCAUACGCUUCGUACAACACUUUCCACAACAAUUGCCUCAGGGACUGCCUGGUGACGACGGCCGUCAACUGUUUCACCAGCUUCUUCUCGGGCUUCGUCAUCUUCACGUACCUGGGCUUCAUGUCGCACAAGCAGGGCGUGCCCAUCGCCGACGUGGCGGCGGAAGGCCCGGGGCUCGUGUUCCAGGUGUACCCCGAGGCGGUGGCCACGCUGCCGGGCUCGCACCUGUGGUCCAUGCUCUUCUUCUUCAUGCUCAUCAUGCUGGGACUGGACAGCGCGGGUGGAAUUUACAUGUUUCAUUUGUUCGACACGUAUUCGGCAGGCAUCUCGCUCUUGUGCUCUGCGCUGUUCGAGGCCAUCGCCAUCUCGUGGUUCUACGCUCUUGUGCUCUGCACUGUUUCGAGGCCAUUGCCAUCUCGCGGUUCUACGGGAGUUGUCAUUUUUGGACUUGUGGAUGCAAAACCUCUUCAGUACCUAGAAUACAAAUAUCCAACAUGGGCUGUUGGAAUGGGCUGGACCCUCGCAUUUUCCUCCAUAUUUAUGAUUCCACUAGUAGCUGUCAUUCGUUUACUGAGGACACCUGGCACCUUGAAACAGCGGAUUGCCUACAAUAUAACUCCUAUUGAAGAGCAUGAGAGUAUUCGACUCACAAACAAAGUCAGCAGAUUCCGCUGCAAACAUUGGCUGUAUGUAUGAGGUAACAACCAAAAGGCAGUCUCACCGGAAAAUAUUCAGUGUUGUAAUGUUGUAUUUGCAGAACUUUAGGCCUCUGAUUUAAAAAUAUGACAAAAACUCCAUAGCGUAUUUUAGUCAUAAUGUAUGCUAUUGGAUUGGAUUGUAUUAAUUUACGAGAGAAUUCAAAAUUGAUAACAGUGAUCACAUAGGUGAAACUGUACACAGUUAACACCACUGAUUUACUAGAAUCAAGGACAAUACUUGUAAAUUAAAUCUAAACAAUUAUUCAUUACAUACCUAAUGAAGAAAAUUUGCUUUCAAAAUAGAUAUAUUAUGAUAGAGUCCUACGCAGUUUGAAAAUACAAAUGAAAGGCAAUAUCCCAUGUAUUACAUGUAUGUAGAUAAGCUACCAAUUCUGUCUAUUAACUUGCUAUGCAAUGCAAAUGGAACUACAUUAGAAAUAUAUUCUCAUUGCAAUUACUGAAAAUUACAGAAAAUCUUUUGAUAUCAUGACUUUCAAUUUCAAAUUUUCUCCCUUUCUCAUAGAAAAUAUAUCACACAUUGAAUGUAUUUAAACUAUUGGUUCUGAUUAUUUUAAAAUGUUUUUGGGCACUGAUGAAUGUGAAGAUUUGGCUCUUCAUUGAAUAUAUGAAGUGCAAUUAAAUUAACAAAGUCAGUAUUAGAUUAUUCAGUAUUAUUCGCACUGGUUGCUAUUGGAAACUUUUGAUAUGGUAUUUAUGGUUUUCAGCGAGAAAUAAAGAAUAAUAAUCAUUCCCAUUCUGCAAGACAUCAAUACCUUUCAUGGGAGAUGAUAGCCUGUGCUGGUAGAAUUCUUUUAUCAUAUUCUCUUCUCUUUCUCAUCCCAUCGCUACCACCCACUUUCAUUCACAUUUUCCUUUUCCAAUCUCAACUGUUGGUCCCUGCCUCCCUCCACUCUUCAAAUUCCUUUAAACAUCUGUAUUUGUUUUGCCUACUUCCUGUCAACCCUGUACACUCUGCCCAUAACUGCAUAGGCAGUUCAUUUCAAAAAAGUGAGGCAGGUACAAGCUUUUCUUCAAUGUUUUGAAACUUGAGGGUAUAAAUUUACAUAAAUGUUGACUGUUCUCCCCAUAUUUUCAAAUAACAUACUGCCAUCAACCUACCAGAAAGAUUUCACUUCACGACAGAAAACUAUAUGGUAGAUAAACAAAUAAAUAAUAUCGAAAACAUGUGUUGCCUCUAGUGUGUAGACAAUUUAUUACUUUUGAUAAGAUUCACAAGUUUAUUCCUCUCUCAACAAAUUUUCACAAUGUAAUCUUAUGCCGAAUUCUUUAAUGUUCCAUUUAUAGUGCCAUGCAAUGCAUGGUUUAUUGAUUAUUUUUCUACAAGAGAACAGUUUUCAAAUAAAGUUAUAUUUAAGGUUAGAUACAUUAAAUGAAGAAAAUGCACCUAGAAUGGCAUAGCAACAGAUCCAAAGUGAAUUCAAGGGGAAAUAAAUGUCAAAAAAAUUAGUUGAUAAAUAAUUUAAAUAUUCUUUACAUCUGUAAAAAAUACUUUUAUCAACAAAUGAUUUAUUUUUUUUAUUUGAAUGAAGCAAUGGAAUUUUACUAUCAAAUUUAGUUUUAUUCUGAAGUCAAUUUGGCUAAAAGGCAAAUAUUUCCAUUGUCUCACUCUUGGAUUCACUUCUGGUACAAGAACAGUUUUUUUGGAUUGAAAUGAUGACAGAACUUUAAACAUCAUGUAUUGAGAUUACCUGUCCUGUAUUAAUGAGAAUAUUUUUAUUUUUUCUGUUCAGACAUUUUUUUAUAAUUGUUUUAAGUACAAUUGAAAUUUAAUUAUUUAUAUCUAACAAUAAGAAACUAUAAAUAACUUAUACAUUAUAAUUUACAGUUAAAAUAGAUUUCAUUAUUUCAUUGCUGGGGGAAAAAAUAGAAAAUUAGUUAUUCUCCUUUGCAUUGGAAACAAUAUCAUAAACGUCAAAAUAUUUCAAAGUAAGGAAUUCACUUGAGAAAACUUGAAGCGUUUGUGUAUAAGUAUAGGACAAUGAUCAGCUUUGUGGUGGGUGCUAUACCAGAAACUGUGAAUACAGCGAAAUAAGAGAAUGUGUUCAUGGAACAACAUGUAGAAAUACUGUAUAUUCUUUAGUGUCAUUAGUGUACAUAUGUGUUGCUGAUCCCAUAUUUAUAGACAGGGGUUGUGAUUGUUUGGCCAAGAUAUGUAUUCUUUAAACCAAAGAGUUGUAUUCCAGAUUUUGUCUGCAAAUGCAGAUGGUGGUGUGACCUCCGUCCUUAUUGGCCUCACAUUUGGAUUUCUGUACAGUAAUGUAUACAAGCUCCUUGACAUAAUUUUUCGAAUAUUCAUUCUUCUUUGUGAAAAUUAUAAGAAAGCUUCACAUUCAAAUAAUGUGAUUUUCCUAAUAUAAUCCUUUGUUUUAAAUGUAAUUUAUGAUAAACAUAAUUUUAACUAGUACUAGCUGUUGCAAUUGUCAACUAAUUUUUGUACUAUAGUUCACAUGUUUUUUGUUCCUAUAUUUGCAUUCACAAACACUAACCAAAUAAUACUUCCAUGUCCAAACAGAUUUAAAGAUCAAGACAUGAUGUGGAUUGGUAUUAGUCAUUCUCAGUGUUCAUUUUUAUACUACAACAUAUUUAAGGACACUUUUGUACUUUUCCAUUGGUAAAAUGAUUAAAAACGGAAAUGGUACAAAAUUGUUAUUCCAUCUAAAGCUGGCAAAUACAACUGUGAAAUAAAUUAGAACAUUAGCACCUUCACAAUUUAAUGCAAAUAACAAAUUCAGUAAGCUUGGCAAUGUGUCUAAAGAAUGUAUUUACAAAUAGUAGCAUUAUAUGUAUAAACAGAACAUUUACCAUUCUAUUAAUUCUUAAUAACAAUAAUAAUGAUAUAUUUGAACAUUCAUAUAUAUAUUUUUGCUGAAUUUUUCUGUAACGUUGGUGUUGAUUUUAGUAGCAUUAUCUACAAUUUGCUCCCAAGAAGUGUAAUAGUUUUCGUCAGAAAAAACUUAGGAUCUAAAAUUAUAAUUUAUUUCAUAUAUAUUUUGUCCACUUGAAGAGUCCAUGGUAUAAUGUUUAUUUCCUUUUUUUCAAUGUUAAAAAGUGUAUCUGUCAACAUGAGCAGAAUAACAAUUUUUAAAGAAGUAAACCUGAACCAAAGUCCAGAAAGUGCAUAUACACAAAUUGUUUUAAUAUACCAAAAAGAAAUUGACAAAUAUUGCAUGAGUUACUAUCCAGAAUAUUGUCUUAUUGUACAACUAAUGACAUAAGGAAAAGAAUAUUUCUACUUAUAGAUCAGUGUAUAUAAAUGUACUUCUGAAUGUCUGUUUGUGAAAUAAAAGAAAUAAUGCUUAAUAUUUUAUCUCUGAAUUAUACCACCUCCCAUUAGAUUUCCUGCAAUGAAUUUGGC